UAGACGCCUGCAAAUCUCUUCGUCUAAACACCUACCUCGAUGUCAAAACGAAAGCCGUGAUGCCCAUUUAACAUUCUUCAAGAUGUCAAAGAAGUUGCUUGUCGUUGGCGGUGCUGGUGCGCUAGGUCGCGGCGUGGUCAGCCACUUCGGUCGUGCUUCAUGGGGAGUCACCUCGGUUGACUUCUCGGCGAAUGAUGACGCCCACAACAACGUGUUGCUGCCCAACAGCAACUCGCUACAGCAGGCUGAGCAGACGCUGAAGGAAAUCUCGAGCAGAUAUGGAAAGGUGAACACGGUCGUGUGCACUGCUGGCGGCUGGGCAGGCGGCAGUAUCCGAGACGCGGACUCGCUCAUCAACUUGGGGGAAAUGCAUUCAAAGAACCUCGAGUCGGCGUUUCUAGCAACGUAUUUGGCGAGCCACUUGCUUGUGCCUGGGGGACUUCUCGUUCUCACGGGCGCAACUGCCGCACUUCAGGCAACUCCUGGCAUGGUAUCUUAUGGAGCGAUCAAGGCAGCCACUCAUCAUUUGAUCGCCAGUGCAGCGACUGAACUACCUGAGGAAUCGUCGGUUUUGGGUGUACUGCCGACGACAAUUGACACGCCGAUGAACCGAAAGUUUAUGGCUGAUGCUGACUUUUCGACGUGGACCAAGGUAAAAUCUUUUAUUUUAUUAGUUUGCCCGCAUCAUCAUUAACUCGCGGCAUUAUCAAUUAAACUGACACAGGCGGAGGAUAUUGCUGAGAAGAUUUUGGAGUGGUCGAACACUACUUAUGCUUCUCGCCCUCCAAGUGGACAUUUGAUCACUGCCACUACGGUGAAUAACACGACGUCCUGGGAGGACGCUGGCAACCCGUUUCAGUAGAAACGAAAUUGUUUGGUUGACAAGGCAAAAUAGCGAAGCCUAGGUUUUCUUUGCAUCGUAUCACUAAAAUAUCUGGUUGCCCGCUCUUUUGCCUCA